UAUUGUACAGAAUGCGGAGGCACUUUUUGACAGUCACGUUAUGACAUUAAGACAGUGACACAGCACUGUUUUCGCCCAUCAAUCUCAAGCUGAACUUGACUGAAUUUCCCGGUUUAAGUCUUUAUCUCGUCGUGAUUUCUAUAACCCUGCUUUUACUUUACGUUUUCUGUUGCUAGGUCAACUUUUGGCGAGUCAAGUCAGACAACUUCGCCGUUGGUUUCAGUUGGAAAAGACUCGUGUUGCUCCUUGUUGCUCGUUGUUGCUUCUUGUUGCUCCAUGGCCCAGAACAACUCCUCUUUCCCGGUGAAACUGUUCGUUUACGACCUGUCCCGGGGAAUGGCUCGCGAACUGUGUGUGUUUAUCCUCACAGGGAGACAGUUAGACGGCAUAUGGCACACAGGUAUUGUUGUCCACGGAAAAGAGUUUUUUUUUGGUGGAGCAGGAAUCAACCACUGCCUGCCUUGUGGCACUGUGCUGGGCCAGCCGAACUCAGUAGUGGAUUUGGGUCACACCGAGGUGAAUGAAGAUUUGUUUAUGGAGUAUCUGGAGUCGCUGGCUGAGUCAGACUACAGAGGCGACAAGUACAACGUGUUUGAGCACAACUGCAACACCUUCAGCAACGACGUGGCACAGUUCCUCACCGGCAAAAAGAUCCCGUCGUACAUCACAGACCUUCCAUCGGAAAUACUCUCCACUCCGUUUGGCCAGGCCCUCCGCCCGCUCUUGGACUCAAUGGCCAUAAAUCCAGGAGGAAACAACAUCACUGGACAGCGAUAAAUAAAGCUAUGCAUACAGAAGAAUGCACUUUAUAACCUUUGUGCCAGCAACCUCUGCUACCAGUCACAUUUACAGCUAAGCUGCCAUCAUUGGAGCCCUUUACUCUACUUUUGAAAAAAAAAAAAAAAAAAAAGUCACCUUCAAGGUUUGUUUUUGCAUGUAAAUAUAUGGCAAGAAAAACCAGCAAACUAAGCCUGUGGACAAAAAAAAAAAAACCAAAACAUUUUCACUCUGUUUGCUUUUGUUCAUAAACUUACUUCCAUUUGCUCAGCCAAAAAUGUGUUUUCUGCUGUAGAAUAGUUUUGAAAUUGUCCCAUUGAUUUAACAUCAAAAACUACUAACGGUGCAGUGAUUUUACAAAACAUCCUGUUGCCAUGUACUGAACCUAAUCUACAAACGGGAUUUAUCUUUCAAGUGCAGUACAAAUCUUCUGUUCUGAUUAAAUGUUGGCCUUUUACUGUCUGUCUCCAAAUUGGUGACAGCUGACAACCGUCUGCAACAUGGAUGACUAGCUAAAAUAGAAUGUAAAAACACGUAGCUACGAUAGCUACACAGUUAGCUACAUAGGUAGCUGUCGGGUCCACUUAAACACAUUGCAAAGAAACAUAAAAAAAAAAUCUACUUUUACCUGAUGGUUUUCCUUAAGAGUUUAUGGGGACAGUUUGUUUUUUAGCUGCUGAUGAGUAUAAAUUACAAAUCUAUGAAGCUCUUUUCUGGUUAGGUUGUGGUAUUAAUUUGUAUUCUAUUCCUAAAGCUCAAAUGUAAGACCCACCAUCACUGGGUAGUCAAAACUGUUCUGCUAGUUUUUUAUAAUAUUGUCUUGGAAACCUGUUUUUACCCAUUUUAAGGUAUCUCUAAAAUGUAUUUAAAAAGCACUUUAAAAAAACAAACAUCAUAUUUGAACCUUAUGUCAUUUAGUAACAUUUUUUAUGUUCUUUUUCUGGACCAAUCAGCUACAUACCUCUGAUUUGCUACAUUUGGAUUUUUAUCAUUGGCAGGGACUGUUUUUAUGCACUAAGUACCAAAAUCAGGUAUUUGUACAAAGUGGCCUUAUUAAUGAUGUUGAGACAUCAAGUUUAUCUGAAGUAGUUUUUUCCUUUGGACUCUUGUUAAAUUUUUUGAUUAUGACUAUAAAUUAUGUGCAGGUCACUACAGAUGAAAAAAAAGUAUACAUUACCUACAGAAGGCUCUAAGGGCAACAACAAAAAAACAAGCUUUAAUUUACAUGUUUUACCUCAUUUAAAUGUUAUUAAUCCCAAUUUUAAGUGUGAAGUUGUGUAAGUGAAACAUAUUAUUCUCAAAUGAUGCUAAAGUUGGGUUUUGUUAAAUGUUUGAAAAUGAAGCUCUGAUUCUGAAUUAUUAAAGUCUCCCUGCUAUAA